GGUGAAAUAGUUGGAACAUUGACUACGGAUAAAGAAAGUCUCGUAUUACAGUAUCAGACUAAGACAAUAAGAACUAUCAUCACGUUUACAUGUAACCACCAAGGACAGGUGAGUGGAGUUUCGGUUGACAGACCGACCGACAGAAACGCAAACACAGACGGCCACAGACAGUGCCUACUGCAGCUUUGCGGGAAAAUAGGUUAGGACUAGUAGCUAUUCAGUAGAAAUGAAAGUCGUUUUGGAAUGUUACAGUAUGGUCUUUCAAUGCGUUUUCUUUGAUUACAGACAGGUGAACCGAAGUUAAGUAGUCUUGUUACAAACCGUCUCUAUUCGUUUAUUUGGGAAACGAAAGAAGCUUGCAGAAUCGAGCCAAAAAAUGAUGAGUCUGGCUGUCAUGACAAGGACACUCGUAUAUAUUUGUUAAAAACACCGGACAAAAAGGUGAUUUUGAUUGGAGUAAUAUUGAAUCACAUAAUAAAGACACACAGAAGGUCGACUCAGCCAAAAAAAGCGUAACAGCUGCCACGCCAUGAUUCGUCAUCAAAAUGCUGACGCCAUGGUCCUAGCCAGUGCGCUUAUGGGAGGCAUCCCCCCUGGACGUCUGCCAUUUUGAAUAUUAUCAGGGGGUGAAGACCUCUCAUUAGCGCACUGGCUAUCUAUAGGGUCAUGGCGUCAGCAUUUCGAUGACGGUUACGCCAAAAUCAUAGGAAAAACCAAGAAGUUGACCGUCUGUAGAGUCUCUAUUAUUCUGUGAUUGAAUGUGUCAGGUGUUCGCUAUACAAUAGUUAGUAAUAUGGAGCUAUAUGCCUGAUGAUAUAUGGAGAUGCCUGAUGAUAUAUGGAGAUGCCUGAUGAUAUAUGGAGCUGCCUGAUAGGCUUUCGUUGGUAGGGAUACAACUACUUGAUAUGGGAUGCAACCUAUCCUUAUAUUUUUCAGGUAGUUGCAUCCCUACCUAAUGAAAGCUUGUUAUAUUUUUGAAUUUUGAGGCCUUUACUGGACCUGUAUAGCGAGAACAGUUUAGAACUGUAAUAAGUUCUUUAUAGGUUUGCAUGGCGAAUAAUAAUUAUAUAUAAUACUUUUUAUUUGUGGAAACACAACGUGAAUUUAUUUCUGCAAAGCUUUCAUAUAGCUUUACUUUCUUUCAAAGUUUUCACAUAUUGUUAGCACUGAUGAAGAUUCGGGCUUACGGAUGGAAAGCUUUGCAGUAAUAAAUUUGCCUGGUGUUUCCACAAACAAAAAGUAUUAUAUAGUUUAGAACUGAUAGAGAUGUAUCCAGUACCUAUAAAUAAUAAUUAGCUUAUAGCUAGUUUACUCGUGCAAAAGCGAGAAGCACAUAUACACUGAUUAAAUCAAAACUUGAAAGGAUAAAUCCUAGAACCCUAACUAAUCCGCAAACAAAACCAUUUUGUCUUACAGGGUUACACCAUACCCGGUCCGGAUGGAGGCAGCAUCACAUUGGGUAUUUGUCAAAAUAUAACUUGUGGCAAUGAAAAGGCAUCUACUGCGUGCUUCAUAAAAAAUGGAGUGGCUGUCUCUAUUGGCCGGUCAGCGAAGAGUACUCUAGAGCAUGGUUCAAAUGUCAAUACUCUUACCUAUCGGUAA